CCGCAUCCUCAGCCUGCACUGAGAACUCAUUAAUCAUUACCCAGCCGCCUUCUGGCUACGGGGGCCUCGAGAAACAUCAUCUAUAGGACCUUGAACAGUGCCCGGGUCUCUGUGCUCAUGUGGGUCCGACGUCCUCAAGCACCUGCGGUGGAUGCUUCUGCCACCUGAGUGCACCUGGCACACAGGCUUUGAGGGACUCACACAGGCAGAUCGGAAGUUCAGUGCGCUGGGUAUGUAUCCAACGCUCUUCCAACAGUCGGGCUCAGUAACUUCCGGUCGGCUGUAUCACUCCAGACGCUUGCCAGUCGGGAUCGACAUGAGAGGCUGACAGGCGUUCACCAGUCUGUCAGCCUUCGGUAAUGGUAUAUAUGAGCUGUUGCACCGGUGAGUCUCUAGGCCCUCUUCUUGGUCCUAACCUUUGCACAGUCCCCUCACGCCCGCACGGCAUUCCACGAUCUUUCCACCGCACGUCAUGUCUAGACACCGCCGGUCACUCCUUUUUCUGCUCCUUUCGGCUUCGCAUCUCUAUGUCCUAGCAGCACCUGCCGGUCCCGGCAUGUCUGCUUCUGUGGUCACAGAAACUCUGCUCGAGAUUCCUACCGCUCUCGCUAUCGAGGCCGCGACGACGACUCGGGAUUCCAACACUGAGGCUUCGUCGACGCCGGCUGCUACCGAUCUCGCAUCUCGGAUCGCUGACGGGUCUCUCACACUGGUGGCAGCUACGCAGACGAUCUUGUUCGCACCUCCUCAGACUGAGGGUCCCUCGACCUCUGGCUUGUCUUCGUCUGCCGUGUUCGCUCAAGAUGUGCUGUCAGCCCCCACCUCGCAGCCUGCAUCCACGUCGGGAACCACAGCUGACGAUCUCCAAGUUGCAUCGGAUGUCCUCAGCUCGCGGACGACGCUCUACGUUCCUCCUUCAUCAACGGAAGCUCCUGCACAAGCUGAGGCGACUCCAACAACUCUCUAUGUCAGCGCCUCUUCAUUCGCCAGCAGCGGCAGUUCUUCGGUCGCACAUAGCUCUGUACAGUCCUCAUCUACGAUAUCUAUGUGGGAUCCUAACCCUACUUCGGAGACGGAGGCCUCGUCCAACGCGAGGAGCCAGCAAUCUCGGCGGUCUGCGAUCCUCGCUGCCUUCCUGAUCAUCGGCGUACUCACCAUGUUUGGCUUUACCUACGGCUGCAUGCGCCUCAAGCUGCCUAUGCGUCUGGGCUACGUUCGCCGCAGGUGCGACAACAAGAGGGUGCGCUUCGCCGACGCGGAGGACGCGGCCUUCGCAAGCAUUUCGUAUCCUGCUUCUGUUUCCGAGAAGGACAACAAGGAUAGCAUCGCUCCGGACCCUGCCGUCUUCGCAUACCAGGAAGUCACCGUACCCACACUCGCCCGUCAGCCCAACGGUCCGGUGCCACCCUCUACACCGAACGGCACCCAGGUGGACUGGCGUGUCUUCGCCAACUACGACGGUCAGUUCGAGGACGUGACCCACAUCCUCUCGACGGACGUCUUCGCACCCCUCGGCCGCCACGCCCGCGGUGGUUCACACGGGUCCAUGUCCGUCCUCUCCGGCUCACGCAACAGCUCGCCUCGUACGAGCGGCGGCGGCGCGAGCUUCACGGGUGCCUCCUACCAGUCGUGCGAGUCGCACUACUCCGUGCCGACCGUGGGCCGCCAGUCCGCGGACGUCCCCACCACGCCUCCGCGCGUGCCGGAGCUGGACCUGGAGGGAGAGCGCACCGCGCCGAACUCGCCGCCCUCGCCUGCGCUCCCUGCCACGCCGCAGUCUGUGCACACCGAGCCUGGGAUGCCCGUCGGGUGUGUGGGCAGCAAGGAUCCGCACGAGCUUGUCCGGGGGCUGCGCGAGUCCGCUGAGAGCGCAUGCUCGGAGUGGGACGUUGCGAGGGCGUAUGGGGCGCACAGCAGCGUGGGCGGGGAUUCUCUGGUUAGUCGCGUGGAUAGCGUGCUUUUCGACGGGCCUAUGGAGAGCGUGGACGUGGGCGGGAAGAAGUGUGUGCUUGUUCAGGGCUGAGUUUCUUGUCGGUUUCUUUGCUUGUUGGGAGCUUGUGGUAAUAGGGAAGAAAUCAAAGAUCAUUGUAUUAUGCGAACUCGAAGUGACAGUAAGACUGACUUGUACUGGCAGUGAUUUGAUACGAUGCGUACAUAUGACCAAACAAAUGUCCGUAACCCCGCGUUGUGGCGUCGCUGGUUGUGUAUACACGCUUCUUUCUCUCAUUAACCUCAUUGCUCGUCCCAUCCGACUGGUCCUGCCAAACUGUGUUCGCAUGGAUUCUACACUCUGGCUACGGGGCUUCACUGCAGAAGGUAGAACCUCUCAGGUUUUCGCCGUCACCCUCGCCGGCACGCCCGUCAAUCCCGCAGACCCUGAAUCGGUCCUAC